AUGCCAUUGAGGAGUUGGUCUUAACACUUUAUAAAGCUUCCCCGUUGAUGGUCAGACACUGUGAAAUACACGACUGUUAACUCCUGAUAGGCGUUGGAAAUCCCUGUGUCUCCGGCACCACAGCAAAAAAAAACAUGAGUGAGAGACAAGGAUCUGGAGCGACGGGCGGCAACAGCAAAACCUCCGGAGGACAAGAUGAGUCCAAGAAGGACGUCCCUGAUGACUUUGACAUCGACAUGGGCGCACCCGAGACUGAGAAGGCAGCGGUCGCCAUCCAGUCCCAGUUCAGGAAGUACCAGAAGAAGAAGACCGACGACAAGCCCUAGUGGUCGCCAGGCGUCUCCGUGGGCCACGGCAGCAGCCAUGGCGACGGUGGCAGCUACAGGCCAACGGGUUGGCAUGGCGUGAUCCUGCAUGUGAAAGAAUUUAUCCUGUACAGACUCCACGGGCUGGGGGUCCAGAACCAGGGGUGGGGUGGGGUGGGGAGGGGGGUGACACGCGGGAGGGAACGUAGUGGGGAUUAAAGGGACAACUUAGACUGUAGCCUAUCCGAUCACUGACAUGUCUUUGAAAUUCCAUAAGUAAUUCUAUUAUUUGACUGCUGUACCAAUAAAUUAUGAAAAAAAAAAAAAAAA